AUGUCUAUUCAAAACGUCACCAUUGCUGGAGCCUCUGGCUCUCUCGGAGCUCCUGUUCUUCAGAAGUUCAUUGACGCUGGCAAAUACCACAUCCGCGUUCUCAAGCGCACCGGCUCCAAGUCAGAGUUCCCCGAUGGCGUCGAAGUUGUCGAAGUUGACUACUCAUCACUGGAAUCCGUCACUGCCGCCCUACAAGGUCAAGACUUUGUCGUCUCAACACUCAGCACCCUGGCCGUCGGCGCGCAGCUCACCUUUGUCGAAGCUGCUGCUGCCGCCGGUGUGAAGCGCAUCGUGCCAUCCGAGUUUGGCUCCAACUUGGAUGUCCCCAGCGUUCGCCAGCUCCCCGUCUUUGCCGACAAGGUCAAGAUUCAAGACGCUCUCAUCGCCAAGGGCAAAACAUCUUCUCUCACAUACACUUUUGUGUACAACUCUGCCUUCCUCGACUGGGGUCUUGAGCAUGGCUUCGUUUUUGCACUCAACAACCCUACUCCCAUGAUCAUCGAGGACGGUAACCGCCCUUUCAGCACCACUACCCUCAACAGCAUCGCUGAUGCUGUCGUCGGUAUUGCCAACCACCUCGAAGAGACCAAGAACCGCGCCGUCUACAUCCAUGACACUAUUCUUACCCAGAACAAGAUCCUUGAGUUGGCCAAGCAGGCGGCUCCCGAGCGCUCUUGGGAGCCCGUCAGCGCCAAGCUUGACGAUCUGACUGCAAAGGCGGACGAGCGUCUUGCCAAGGGUCUUUACGACAUGGAGACCUUUGCACCAUACCUCUUCCGUGCCAUCUUCGACCCUCGCAGUGGCGCCGAGUUUAAGAAGACCGACAACGAGCUUCUCGGCGUCAAGGGCGUCACUGAUGCAGAUGUUACUGUCAUGAUUAAGAAGGUUCUCAGCAAGGCAUAG